GGGAUAAGCCGACGUUGUGCUGAUGUAUCCAUUUCUCACCCAUCUCCGGCCACCGGCCGUUGCUCUGUUGACAAACGCCGGCCUUGCCACUUGCAGUGGCAAAGCUUUUCCUUCAAGUAGCGACGUCCGGAGAGUCCCUCUUUCCUGUCGUCACUCUCUGUUCGCAGAAUCUACGGGAAUCAAUACACUGGGCAUCGGAAAAUCUAGAGAACUCCCGUUCAGAUGUCUCUAUGAUACCAAAAAAGACCAGGAAACUGGUCUUGUCGACAAGAAAUUUGGAGAAAAUUGGCCCAUACUUUUACGGUGGGAUGUGCCUUGGGAGUGGCAAACUGUGUUAUUCACCAUGAUUGCUUGUGGGGCAAGCUUUACUUUGACAGGUUUGGUUGAAGCAAUCGCAUUACCAUAUCUUGGUUUUCAAGGUGGAGAAGUAAGUUUAGAUCAGAAGGCAGAGAUACUUUUUGCAGGACAAAUUGCUGUGACAGCUAGUGUUCUAGGGGUUCUAUAUGGCAUAACUAACACCUUUCGUCCUUUUCCAAGUGAUAUCUUCCGCUACGAUCUGGAGGAACCAUUUGAUCUUCAGAACGGUUGGCUUCUCUGGGCAAUGGUUGGAUUGUUUGGUGCAGUAAUUGCGAUUUCUUUGGCUGGAUUUCUCUUGAACAUCAUCAAUUCAGAACAGCCACAAAGAGAGGCUGAUGCUCUAAUACGAUUAUUGCCCUUGAUUGGAUCCUCAAGUAUCAGCACUGCUUUUCUAGUUGCAAUCACAGGUGUUUUGGCCCCGUUACUUGAGGAGACUGUGUUUCGAGGUUUUUUAAUGGCAUCCUUAACUAAGUGGUUUCCAACGCCAAUAGCAGUUCUUCUCAGUUCUGCAGCUUUUGCUCUUGCACACCUCACCCCUGGAGAGUUUCCUCAACUAUUUGUGCUUGGGACUGCCCUAGGGUUUUCUUAUGCUCAAACGCGCAAUCUGCUCACUCCCAUCACCAUACAUGCAUUUUGGAACUCUGGAGUGAUAUUAGUACUGACAUUUCUUCAGCUCCAAGGUUAUGAUAUCCGAGAGUUAUUGCAGGCGUCUUGAAAGGGAGUGAUAUGCAUUAUGGUUCUGAGUUCUCUGAGUUCUUUCAUCAAUCUUAUUAUUUUCUU